AGGCCGGGCGGCCCGCGAUGCUGCGGUCAACUCCUGGCAUGGCCUCCCUGCCACAGCAGACCAAGGGUCGUCCGUAUCCCUCCCUGCGCGGACGCCCCCUCGGACCGCUCGCCAUUACGGGCCCCAGUGGACCGCCGAGCGUAGAGCCAGUGGUCCUCGCCUGGCCUCGGGCCCGGUGCUCCGGUGCGCGACACAUCCGUUCUACUUUCCCGCUGCUCGGAAUUGACUUUUGCGCCGCGUUGCGCCUCUCGGUCGUCGGGGAGCAGGCGCAAAAUUCAUCUUCUGGUGAAAGUGUGAGUUUGCUCCUACAGCUUCGGGAGGACGAGGGUGUACAUCCGAAUGAUGGAUAGUAAAGAUAAGGUUCCUGUUCUGAAGAAUGUCUCGAAGUCUCAACGGAAGCGGGGUUCACGAGUUGUAAAAAUAGCAGCUGAUCGGAUCGGUCAAGAAUGGAUGUCACAAAUGCGGGUCCGGCGGACGAGAAUCGACUCUGUUGAUAGACGCCGAUUCCGUUGAAUCAGAAAUUGAAUUGAAGGCUGCAAAAAUUUUGCGCUGUAAUUGCUGAAGUGACCAUCCGUGAGUGCCAGUAAAGUGAAAUCUCUCUGGCUCCGGAUCCAACAAAUCACAAUUUGCGACUUUGGCUCUGCAUCUUUCAGUACUGAUGUGUCCAACUAAAGGUUUAAACGGAUUAUUCAAUUGAACUUGUUGGUUCUCACAAUAAUUGACAUUAGCACCGUGAGUGAGGCCAGAACUGGAACCUGCUGGUUAAAUUGCACAAAAAGCUGCGUUAUAAACAAGGCCUUAAACCCUAAACCCGAGCCGCCACGGAAUGGACUCAAAGGUGAUCGUGUCAGAUGGUCGUACCGUUGUGUCAAACCAUACAGGUUGGAGACAACCUGAGGAGGAUUGCCGGAACAGUGAUCACUAUCAAUCUUAUCAGUCGGUCAUGUUUACCAUAUUCACAGCUUCGAGCUGCUCGGAUCUGUUGGUUUGUUCAUAGCAAAAUGAUCAAUGUAACGAGCUUGAGUAAAUGCCGGCAUCCUUGCCCAUCUUCAAGAGUGAGCUAAGUUUUUC